AUGCAUUUCGGUAUAAGUACUGGAAAACAAGACUCGCAAUCAGUUUGCGGAUUUGUCUUCAAUAGCACCGAAAGGACUAACGGCUCGUUUACUUCGCCUAACUAUCCCGUUAUAAUUGAAUCUCUCUCUCCUCCCGUGCCGUUUGUGACGGACCGACCCCUUCAACGACCCAAACCAUCCCUAAUAGGUCUCUAUCCGCGCGACACUGAAUGUCAUUAUUUUUUCUAUGGAAACGCAUCGCAAAAAGUUUACAUCACUUUCGCUUACUUUGAUGUCGAAGGAGUCACGCCAAUAAGUAAUUAUUCGCAAAGCUUGUGA